GCCUUCAAAACGUUUUUUACCAUUCGAUCUCCGCCGCCUCAAGACGCAAUCUCCGCGACUUUGUAUAUAAAGCUGGCAUAGAUAAUAGAUACAAAAGCAUCUGGAGUAAAUUGCGAUAGUGUAAUUUUCGGAAAAGUGUGAUACUUUGGCGGCAGCUGAUCAGUCGACUGGUAAUCGGAAAAAUGAAAGUGGCCGUAAUCUUAGUUGUGGUAGUUGCACUGCUCGGCGCAUCUCAUGCUCGAAAGUCAAAAAGGAAGGAUCACCACUACCGCCAGCAUCAACAGCAGAACUACGAAUACGAAAGUCAAGCAAACGAUCGUUACGCGCCCUCAAAUGAUGAUGGUGUCCAAUAUGUUUACGACGUCCAAAGUUCCCUGCCUAAGACUGGCUUUAGCGCUGGGAGUGGCUUACGAUCCAUUGCCCAAGGUUCUGCUGAUCAAGCAACCUCAGCAGUUGCCUCCCAACAUGCAGCUGCAAAACAGGCAGCUUUUGUAGCCAAAAACACUCUGGCUCAAGCCGCUGCUCAGGCUGCUACCACAGCCCUGGCUGCAUUAAAGGGCAAAGAAGUCCUUCUGCAAAAACUUGAGCAGCAAGCCAUCGAAGUCCAUCGAUCCCUUGAAGGAGAACUAACCCAACUUCAACAGGCCAAGCGGUCAGCGAAGGCUGCUCAACAAGCAGCCCAUCAGGCCACUAACCAUGUCUCCGUCCUUACGGCUGCUUUAAACAACGCCCAAACUGCUGCCGAACACGCUCAACAAUCUGCUGCGGAAGCGGCAGCUGAAUUAGCUUCACAAACUGCCAUGGUUGGGGAAGCCAAGGCUAAAUUAGAGGAAGUCCAAUCUCAAUUGAACGCGGCCAGGAUUGACUAUGAAGCAACUCGAGCUGCUGCUGAAAAGGCGUCACUGUCAGCACAAGAAGCUCAGAAUAAUGCGCAAGAAGCUGGGGUUCACGCUUCUCUAGGUCUACACGAAUCUUCUCUUUCUAAUAUCAGCAGCGGAUAUGACGAAACAGAACAUGCUCCGAACCACAAUUACCAGGAGGAUCAAGGCCAAAAGUAUGACUUAGCUGGAUAUUGACUGAAGUUUGUUACUAUUUGUUGGAACGUUUGUGUUGUUACGAAUCUUAUUUCCGUAUUUAAAGUUAUUUAUUGAAUCUUAUUUGUAGGAUCAUUUGUUGCAAUAUAGAAUUAGAAGCA